CGUGGGGCGAGCUGUGCGGAGGGGCGGCGCCAUCUCGCAGACCAGCGCUUCCUCGCGGAGUCUUGCCUGGCCGCCUCGCGCUCCGCCCCGUCCCCGGUGCCGGGAUCCCGGAGACCGUCCUUCCUCAGGGCCGCAAGUCCUCUGGUAGUGCCAGCUAGAGUCGCUGCCGGCCUUUUCAUCGUCGUGGCCCGCCCCCCCCAGCUCCGGGAGCUCUGGGAGCCCGGGUGACCGCGUAGCUAUUGUGAAUAAUGCAGCCGUGAACAUAGGUGUACAAAUACCUCUUCAAGACCUCACUUUCAGUUCUUUUGGGUAUAUACCCAGAAGUGGAAUUGCCAGAUCAUAAGAAAUGAACAGUGAAACAGAACAGCAGCUUCUCCAUCAUGCCAGAAAUGGCAACGUUGAAGAAGUUCGACAGUUAUUAGAAACCAUGGAAAGAAAUGAAGUAAUUGCUGACAUUAAUUGCAAAGGAAGAAGUAAGUCUAAUUUAGGCUGGACACCUCUUCAUCUGGCAUGCUAUUUUGGACAUAGACAAGUGGUCCAGGAUCUGUUAAAGGCUGGUGCAGAAGUGAAUGUAUUGAAUGACAUGGGCGACACGCCGCUUCAUCGAGCUGCCUUUACAGGACGAAAGGAGUUGGUAAUGCUUCUUUUAGAAUAUAAUGCAGAUGCUACUGUUGUUAAUGGGAGUGGACAGACAGCAAAAGAAGUCACUUAUGACAAAGAAAUCAGAAACAUGCUUGAAGCUGUAGAAAGGACUCAACAAAGAAAGCUUGAAGAAGAACUUUUGGCAGCAGCAAGAGAAGGCAGAACAGCAGAACUCAUAGCUCUGCUCAACAGGCCCAAUCCUCCUGAUGUUAAUUGUUCGGAUCAGUUAGGAAAUACACCCUUGCAUUGUGCAGCUUACCGGGCUCAUAAGCAGUGCGCCUUAAAGCUUCUAAAAAGUGGAGCAGACCCAAAUCUGAAGAACAAAAAUGAUCAGAAACCCCUUGACCUUGCCCAGGGUGCUGAAAUGAAACACAUUCUUACUGGUAAUAAGGUUGUCUACAAAGUGUUGAAACGAUAUGAAGGCCCUCUCUGGAAGAGUUCAAGAUUUUUGGGCUGGAGAUUAUUCUGGGUAGUGUUAGAACAUGGAGUCCUUUCAUGGUAUAGGAAACAGCCUGAUGCAGUCCGUAAUAUUUAUCGCCAGGGAUGCAAGCACCUAACUCAAGCAGUAUGCACGACUUCUUUUGAGAAUAUGUUCCACUUUCUUCUUCAUAUAUCAGACAGAAAGACUGGGUUUUUCCACUUGUGCCUGUGCUGCUUUUGUGUCACCCUGCGGACGGUAAAAUCCACUGAUAGCUGCCUCUUCUUUAUUAAAUGCUUUGAUGACACCAUUCAUGGCUUCAGGGUUCCUAAGAAUAGCCUUCAACAGUCAAGAGAGGACUGGCUGGAAGCAAUAGAAGAUCAUUCUGCUUAUAGCACUCACUACUGUUCCCAGGACCAGCUGACUGAUGACGAAGAGGAAGAUGCAAUUUCAGCCGUAGACUUGAAGGAAUCCUUAGAGAAAGCACAGACAUGCCAACAGAAACUAGAUAGGGAAAUUUCCACCUUUCUGAAAAUGAUUAAGGAGUGUGACAUGGCUAAAGACAUGCUUCCAUCAUUUCUUCAGAAAGUUGAAGUUGUCUCUGAAGCUUCUAGAGAAACUUGUGUAGCUUUGAGUGAUUGCCUUAAUCUCUUCACUAAACAAGAAGGGGUGAGGAAUUUUAAAUUGGAACAGGAACAAGAAAAAAACAAGAUUUUGUCAGAAGCACUGGAAACUCUGGCCACCGAGCAUCAUGAAUUAGAGCGGUCUCUGGUUGAAGGCUCCCCGCCUCGCAGCAUCCUCAGUGAGGACGAGUUCUAUGAUGCGCUGUCAGAGUCCGAGUCCGAGCGGACCCUGAGUCGACUGGAAGCCGUGACGGCGUGCUCCUUGGAAGAGGAAGGAGAGCACUUGAGCCGUAGAAAACACAGAAUGUCAGAAGGAAAAGACUGUGGUGGUGGAGAUGCUCUCUCCAAUGGCAUCAAAAAACACAGAACAAGCUUGCCUUCCCCUAUGUUUUCCAGAAAUGAUUUCAGCAUCUGGAGCAUCCUGAGAAAAUGUAUUGGAAUGGAACUGUCCAAGAUCACCAUGCCAGUUAUAUUUAAUGAGCCUUUGAGCUUCCUGCAGCGACUCACUGAAUAUAUGGAGCAUACGUACCUCAUCCAUAAGGCCAGUUCAUUCUCUGAUUCUGUGGAAAGGAUGCAGUGUGUAGCUGCAUUUGCUGUGUCUGCUGUUGCUUCUCAGUGGGAACGCACUGGAAAGCCUUUCAACCCGCUUCUGGGAGAGACCUAUGAAUUAGUUCGAGAUGACCUUGGUUUCAGACUCAUCUCUGAGCAGGUCAGCCAUCACCCACCCAUUAGUGCAUUUCAUGCUGAAGGAUUAAACAACGAUUUCAUCUUUCAUGGCUCAAUCUACCCCAAACUGAAGUUCUGGGGCAAGAGUGUGGAAGCAGAACCCAAAGGAACCAUCACUUUGGAGCUCCUUGAACACAGUGAAGCAUACACAUGGACAAAUCCUACGUGCUGUGUACAUAAUAUCAUUGUGGGUAAACUCUGGAUUGAGCAAUAUGGCAAUGUGGAAAUCACGAACCACAAGACUGGGGACAAAUGUGUGUUGAAUUUUAAACCAUGCGGCCUUUUUGGUAAGGAAUUACACAAAGUUGAAGGCUACAUUCAAGAUAAAAGCAAAAAGAAGCUCUGUGCCCUCUAUGGGAAAUGGACCGAAUGUUUAUACAGUGUUGACCCGGCCAUUUUUGAUGCCUACAAAAAAAAUGAUAAGAAAAAUACUGAGGAGAAGAAAAACAGCAAACAGAUGAGCACUUCUGAGGAGUCGGACGAAAUGCCCAUGCCGGACUCUGAAAGCGUGUUUGUGAUCCCUGGAAGUGUCCUCCUGUGGCGAAUAGCCCCACGGCCUCCAAAUUCUGCCCAGAUGUAUAAUUUUACUAGCUUUGCAAUGGUUUUGAACGAAGUAGACAAGGACAUGGAGAGCGUGAUUCCGAAGACAGACUGCAGGCUGCGGCCCGACAUCAGAGCCAUGGAGAACGGAGAGAUAGAUCAAGCUAGUGAAGAAAAAAAACGACUGGAGGAAAAGCAAAGAGCAGCCCGCAAGAACAGGUCCAAGUCGGAGGAGGACUGGAAGACAAGGUGGUUCCAUCAAGGUCCUAACCCCUACAGUGGAGCACAGGACUGGCUUUACUCGGGCAGCUACUGGGACAGAAACUACUUCAAUUUGCCUGACAUUUAUUAAAGUGCAGACAAGUCAGGGUGUUUGGCUAAUUUACAAAUAAGUCUUAAACCUAUGUUUUAAAAUUUUUUCCUUGGUUUCUACUCAUCUUUUAAGAAAAAACCCGCUCAUGAGAUAACUUGCAUUUCACCAAACAAAAGUAGGGCAUAAGGUGAUAUUGGUGAUGGAAGUCAGGAAAAAUGGGUAAUUUUGCUAUCCAAAUAGACUUGCUUAUUUGGAAUACUGUUUUAUAGAGGUAAGAGAAACUGUGUGGAGAAUAUGCUUUUUAUGGUUGCUGUUGCCAUAUUUACUGAAGGUUUAUACCCAACUGUAACUUUAGCUUUAUGGAAUUAUAUAGUAAUCCCAAAUCAAGUUAUUUUGAAUAUUUUUAUGCCGUCAUGCUUGAGUGUUUUAGAUGUAACUUUGAAAUGUUUAGAACUCUUCUAUACAAUGUUUAUGUGCUCAAAUGCAGAGAAGGUUAUGUCAUUUUGUAAAGACUACGUCAAAAAGAUGGCUUUUCUUCAUACUAAUUCUCUCCAGUUUACCCCUUCCCACCUCUGAAAAGAAAAAUUACCUGAAUAUUCAGAACAGGAAUUUUCAGAUCUGAAAAUUCUAAAGAAUUAAACUGGAAAAGGUAUUUCACUUAUUUUAGUACUCUAAAUUUACUUUUACAAUUUUCUGUAAUCAAGGUCCUUAGAAUUAAAAGGUGUUUGAAUUAAAAAUUUGUAUAAAGUCUAGCAAUUCACAAAAAUGCCCUAGAAAUAGAUUCUAAUCAAUCAUUACAUGAUGACAAACCUUUUUAAAUGCUUCAACUUUGUGGCAAAUGCCACGAGACAUUAAGUUGCACUCGUGUAUUAUAAGUACCAAACUAUAUAAAAGGAGGUCUUGUGCAUUUCAGGUUUGCAAGGCACCCGUGUACUUAAAAUAUGUAUGGAGACCUGUACAGUAGCUUUGCCCCUUUAAUUGGGGUACAUUAAUCUUAUGGUAUUUAUCCACCCAACCCCAGGCUGAGAUCUUGCUCCAAGGGGCUUUAGGUAGCUGCCAGUAAAUUAUUUUAAUUGCUGUCUUGAAGUUAACAAGUGUUACAAUGAAAUAAUCUACCUGAUGCUAAAUAAAGGCUUUAGAAUGUUC